AUGUCCAAAGUCGUUCGCAGUGUCAAGAACGUCACAAAGGGGUACUCCUCAGUGCAAGUCAAAGUUCGAAAUGCCACCAGCAAUGAUCCAUGGGGCCCGACGGGCACGGAAAUGUCGGAGAUUGCUGCUAUGACCUUUGGAAGCCCCAAUGAGUUCUAUGAGAUUAUGGACAUGCUCGACAAACGCCUGAACGACAAGGGAAAGAAUUGGCGCCACGUGCUCAAAUCGUUGAAGGUGCUCGAUUACUGCCUGCACGAGGGGUCCGAGCUGGUCGUGACCUGGGCGCGGAAGAACGUCUACAUCAUCAAGACCUUGCGCGAGUUCCAAUACGUCGACGAGGAAAGUCGAGACGUCGGUCAAAAUGUGCGAGUGGCUGCCAAGGAACUUACGGCUUUGGUUCUCGACGAAGACCGACUGCGCAGCGAGCGAUCGGAUCGCAAAUUGUGGAAGACCCGCGUGAGUGGAUUGGACGAUGGAUACGGAGGUGGUGGCGGCGGCAGCGAUCCUGCACGUCGAGAGCGUCGUCGCCCGCGCAAUGACGAUGAAGACGACACCGAGUAUCGACUCGCGAUUGAAGCUAGUAAACACGAGGCUGAAGAGGAACGCAAGCGACGUGCCCAGCAAGCCGGCAACGAUGACGAUGAGGACCUCCAAAAGGCGAUCAAAUUAAGUCGAGAGGAAGAAGAUUUACGCAAGCGUGAAUUGGAGGAAAGUAACGCUCACUCGCUCUUUGACGAGACUCCGGCCCAGGUGCAGCCCACUGGAUUCAACCAGGGCUAUCAGCAGCAGGGAGCGGUUGACUGGUUCGGCAACCCGAUCAAUGCUCAGCAACCCAUGUCGACGGGCUUCCUGAAUAACCAAUACUCGCAGCCAACCGGGUUCCAGGGACAGCCGACGGGCAUGGGUAAUCCAUAUGCCACCGGAUACCAGCAGCAGCAGCAGCAGCAGCAGCAACAACCCCAGCAACAGCCGUCUGUCUUUGACCAAAAUCCAUAUGGACAAUCUCAGAACAACUUCAUGCAGCCCCAGUCUACACUUCAACCUCAACAGACCGCUUUCAACAUGAACAACCCAUGGGGAACCAAUGAUGUUUUCGGUCAGCAGCCGCAGCAACAGCAGCAACAACAGCAAUUUCCCCAAGAAAAUUACCUUUCCGCAGGGAACAAAAACCCCUGGACUGCCAAUCAGCCCGCCGAUACGUUGAAGCCCAUGCCAACCGGAUCAAACAAUCCCUUUGCUCAGCGCACUCAGUCACCAUUCGCUGCCCAGCAAUCUCGGACUGGCCCUCCUACUCUAAACGCCUUGGCGGAAGACCGAGCGACCUCGCAGUUCAGCAACCAGAACAGCAACAACAUGUACAAUGGCAGCAGCCCAUUUGCUCAGCAGCCCAGUCAACCCAACCCCAUCGCCAACUUCCAGGCCCCCCAGCCUCCCAAGAGCACGCCACCUCAGUCUGCUGACCCCCACCAUUUGCGACUCAACGCACUUCUAUCGACUGGCGAAGGCCAGGAUACCUUUGGCAAUACAGGAGACCUGCGCAUUCCUUCUCAACAUACCGCUCCAGGCACCUUUGUCAACUCUGCUGGUCAAGGUCUCAACCGUCUCCACGCCACUCAAACAGGGAAUAAUCCCUUCUUCGGCCAGCAAUAUACUGGCAUGCCGCAACAGACCGGGUUCAUGCAACAACAGCAGACCAGCAACCCAUGGGCAAGCCAGCAACGACCGCAGCAAAAUGGUGGUAGUCUGAUCGAUCUUUAA